AUGCGUUUAGGAGGAGAAUCUAAACCCACUCGUGAACAUUAUUGGAGUCAAAUGGGUGAACAGAACCGGUACAAUCUGGGCGAUGUAAAUGAUGGAGAAGCAUAUUUAGACACAGGGUAUUCGCAAAGUGAUUGGAAUCCGAAAAUUACAAUUGGACAAAUUUUCUCUAGUAAGGGAGCAUUGUUGACGGAGUUACGGUUGGCGGCAUUGAGAGGCCACUUUGAAUUUAAGGUGCAAUUCUCUUGCACUAAGAGGUUGCUUGUGGUUUGUUGUCAACCUCCAUGCGCAUGGCGUGUCCGAGCAUCGAGAAUUGGAGAAUACAACUUCAUGAUUGUGAGGUGUACAACUGUCCAUGAAUGUGAUUUGAGGUUCAUAAAUGACAACCUUCCAUGGGACGCACGGGCACACUAUGAAUAA